CGACACUCUGUCUCUCUGUUUCUCUCCCUCUUUUAUAUCCCAAUUCAUAGCCCUAAGAAUCUUCACAGCCAACAGAGACAAAAAAAAAACAAAAAGAAAUUCUAGAGAGAGAGAGAAUCACGGCCGAUGGGGAAAUCGGAAUCGGCGAGAGAAUGCAAGCGGCACCAAAAUCACAACCAGUUGCCCGGAAUCUGCCCUUCCUGUCUCCGGGAAAGGCUUCAACAAUUACAGCAAUCAUCAAUUUCUUAUUCCGAUUCUCGUUCAACCUCUUCCUCUUCAUUUCUCAAGUCCUCGGAAUCUUUCUUCUCCGGCAACACCUCAUGGCGGCGCCGACAUACGAGGAACGCCUCCGAGUUGGUUACUGGGUCGAUGGCGGCGGAUUUGUUUGGAGACAAGGUGAAGAAGAGCAGCUCUAUUCGGAUCUCUGCCGAUGGCGGCGGCGGCGGCGGCGGAGGAAAGAAGAAAGUUGGGUUUUGGUCCAGGUUUUUGGUCCGCCCCAAAGCUCUGUAUUUUCAUUCCCACCCCAAAGUUUCUUCUAGGGAAAUUUUGGGUUGAUAGAUUCUGUAUCAUUUU